AUAUACGCAAUCGACAUAGGAAGCACAACAAAGCCCGAUCAACCAAAUCACAAAAGAGCUGAUCAGAGCAAAUUAACACGACAAAUUUAUGGUAUAAAUAAGACCUUUGUCCAAAGCGGAAUGGAAUGGAACGGUAAG